AGCGUGCUUGGCUCAAGAAACGGCCAAGAAACGGCCUGGGCCCAGUACAUGACACGAAAUGCUGACGAUGAAGACGAGCCUGUUCUUGUCCCUGCAGCGCGAACGUCGCCAAAUCUCUUGCAGCGACGUGCCACUUUUGAGACCAUCACCAAUGUCUUUGCAGGUGCUGAGCAGACGCUAGGUACCUGGCGCCAAAGCAUCCGACUUGAUGGUGAGCAGAGCUUAGUCGCUUUGUUCACCUCUGAGAAGGAGAGAGAUGCCCCUGACAGCGACGGAGAAACAACCUCGGACGAGGAAGCGUAUCAGCCAACACCUUCACAUCGGGGUGGUCUCAGCUAUUGGGCCCCGGCGCUGUAUCAGUGGCUCGCGCCCCGUGUGGGCACCCGGGAACGAUUUUUCAUCGCAGUGAUGUUUUCAAUCUUGGAUGCUGUGCGCAAUCGACUUAUGGAAACCUCUGGAAACGAGGUGAAUCAACUUUCCAUCCAGUUCAUUGGCUACCUGGUUUCUCUUUUUUUUGGACUGUCGAUCUCAGUAUUUAUGGAAGGUCAAUGGGGUGCCAGCCGAAUCUUCUCAUGUGCUGCACUGUGGCGAUGGAGCGUGGUGGGCUUAUUCUUUGCCUUAAAGUCGAUGCUCCUCUGUGUGGCUUAUGAGUCGGGUCUACAUAAAAUGAUCACCAUUUUGAUUGGCUUUUUGUAUGUGGUCAUUGCUGCAGUGGUGAGCUUCUUUGUCUUCAGCCGGCUCUAUGGCAAGCUGGAAUGGCUCUCCCUGUCCAUGAUCAUCCUUUCAGCCCCUGCCUUCUACAUUAUGCGCGAACGCUGUAAUACCAACUACUGCCAUUUCUUCGACUUCCAGCAGUCCGAUCUGAGUGCCUUUGGUGCCUUCUGUGCUUUUGCAGGUGUGUCCUUGAGUGCCAUUGCAUCGAUCUUGGCGGAGCGACUUUUUAAGAACUUCUCCAAAGGCAUCAAUCGAAGAGACCGUCGCGAUGACUUCAACCAUGGGAAGUACUACAUCCACCGCGUACACCUCGACUUUAGCGCGGGCUUAUUUCUAUCAGCAGUCUGGCUGUGGCAGCACUUCUUAGUGCACGACGAUUCGCUGUCCAACACUCGAGUCUUAUUCGGGCAGUGGUCUGCGAAACACUAUGUGCUGGUCUGUGUUCAUGCGGCCCAAGCGUGGUGGGCCGGAUUGGUGGUGAUGCAUUUCUCCACGGUGACCAAGUCGUUGAUCCAGACCGUCAUGGGCCUUUUGGGUCUCUGCAUCAUUGAUCCCCUGUAUGGCAUUGAUCAGGGACACAACUUUGGCAUUCGCGCUGUUCCAUCACUUCUUAUAGCCUUCAUCGUGGUCAUGAGUGCCAUUCUCUUCCAAACUGGGCGAUUGAAUAUGAAAUUUCUUCGAGAAAGGGCAGGUGUUUCUCCCGAACAAGAGGUGGGAGGUUUUAGAAGUUUGAAACGCUACCUCUACAGCAUCCUUUGUGGAUUCCAGGAGAAUGGGAAUCAAACCAUACCGCGCUGCAAUUUGUUGGUCUAUUGUUUACCAGUUUUUUACAUCAUUUCCAAUGCUCUGCAGACUGAGCUGACGAAUACGGCGUCAGCAAAUCGAUUUUUUGUUCCUCAAUCUUUGCAAGUGGGCAUUCCACUUUGUGGUUUGAGCUUUGCCCAUGUGCUGACCCUGCAAUCCUAUGGCCUCAAGGGCCUGGCGGAGGCAUGGAAUCCCAGGAGCUUACCAAAGUUUUUGCUCCUGGGCUUGAUGCAAUCGGUGGUGAGCGCGUUGGCCGGCAUGUCCAUGGGCUUGGGGAUGGACAGCUCCUUGUACGUGGCCAUGGGAAAGAUCUACACACCUCUAUCCUUAGUCCUGGGUCGGUGGAUCUUGAAGAGACGCUACCUAUGGAUCGAGUGGCUUUCUGUGAUGGUUCUGUUCGUGGCCUCGGUGACCUUAGCUUUCAUGGACUCCUCCAUCGCUGGGAACCAAUCGGUGCGUCCCUCCUCGGCGGCCGCCAUCUUGUGCUGUGCCGCCUCUGCCUCGAUGGCCUGUGUGUAUUCGGUGACCAUGGAAUUGGCACUUCAAAAAGGCAAUACACCUUAUGUGGUCAACAAGAUCCGACUGGAUUUCGGUGCUUUUCUUUGGAGUAUCUCCUUCCUGCCGGUGAUGGGCUACCUUGGAAUCAAGGGACAUCGCCCUGACUUGGCCUAUUGGUACUAUAGACCAUCCGAUUACUGGACCUGCAUCAAGCUAGGCUCCUGCGACCAAGAAUCAGGGCUCUUCGUGCUGCACAACAGCACGGCGGAUGCCGACGCGCUGGCGAAGGUGGGAUGCUACUGCGACAAUGGGGUCUUCCUGGGUUGGGGGACGUGGCUUCCCUAUGCUGCACUGGCCACGGGCGUUGUGUAUAGCUGGCUCACUGGCAAGGUGAUCGAGAACUUUGGCACAGUGAUGCGCUCGGUGCUGGAUGGUUUCCCCAUCGUACUACUUUGGUUCUUCAUUUCGCCAAUGGCAUCUAGAAUCCCUCUGGCUGCUUUCCAGGCUGUGUACUACAAGGGCCCGUGGCCCUUUAUCAAUCGCGCGUGGGGCAAAGACCUCAUGACGAUCGUGAAUCCCUUGAGUGCCAUCACCUACAUCGAAGCUGCUGCGCAAGUCCGACAGGUUGCAACCCUUCGGCAAGAGACGGAGGAAGCCAUGCACACCAAUGGCUCCACUGGGCAUCAAGAACUGUCCACAGAUAGCGACGAUACCAGCAGCCAGACCGGCUCAAGCUGGACGCCAGAUGAAGAUGAAUGUAAUUGCUGAGGGGCCCCGAAGCGUCACCGCGACGCCAUCGAGAUAUGUCAAUGAACGUGAGAAAAAA